AAAUUACAAAUAAAUUAAAUAAAGCCUGUGGAGCAACAAACUCAGCAACAAUCACCCAACUAUGGCAUCCUGUUGUCUGGUUUAAAUUAGGAGAAGUGGGGUUUAAAAACUGACACCGCACCAAACGACCCCUCUUCGUGGACAGACCAUGAUGUUUUUUUUGUUUUUUGUUUUUUUUGCAGUGUGCAGUCUUGGUUUUGUUCCGAGGCUCCAUUUCUACCCGACAGAAAGGGGGCGGGGAUGGGAUAUUCAGAUGAGCCGGAGUGACAGCUCCAGUUUCCCCCAAUGCUCUGUGUGUCUGAAACUCCACUGGCUCCUUCCCUCCUAACUCCUCACUUCAUAGUGCUGCGUACUAAAAACAUCGGACGCUAGGGGAUCAAGACGCAUGCCACAUUGCCUCUAUGUGGGCACUUUAACAGAUCUUUCGGGGUUUUUUUCCCAGUAAGGGGGCUGCGGAGGGUGGCUUUUUUUUAUUCUCGCCGCCUGAUGACUGUUUGCACGGCUGAUUAUUGAGUUGAUUGUUUAUUAUUUUGGCCCUCGCUGUCCGCCGCCCUGCGCGUUUUUUCCUCCCUUUUUGGAAUCGGCGACCUAUCGCGCGCUCACCAAUGUCCUAUCCUCAGGGUUACCUCUACCAGCCCCCGGGCUCUCUGGCUCUUUAUUCGUGUCCUGCUUACGGGGCCUCGGCUCUGGCUGCCCCGCGGAAUGAAGACUUGGCGAGAUCGUCCUCUGGCUCAGCCUUCAGUCCUUACCCUGGCUCGGCGGCUUUCUCCGCCUCGGCCGGUGCAGGCUUCUCCAGUGCACUGUCAUACUCCGCGGAUCCAACUACGGGAUUCCCAUCAUACAUGUCCUCUCCGUAUGACGCACACACGACAGGCAUGGCCGGGGCACUAAGCUACCAUCCGUACGGGAGUCCAGGCUACCCCUACCAACUCAACGACCCGGCUUACCGCAAGAAUGCCACCAGGGACGCCACGGCCACCUUGAAGGCCUGGCUGCAGGAGCACAGGAAGAACCCGUACCCGACGAAAGGGGAGAAGAUCAUGCUGGCCAUCAUCACCAAGAUGACACUGACGCAGGUCUCCACCUGGUUCGCCAACGCCAGGAGGAGGCUCAAGAAGGAGAACAAGAUGACCUGGGCGCCCAGGAAUAAGAGCGAGGAUGAGGACGAGGAGGACGGGGACGGCGAGAGGAAGGAGGUGGAGCGCUCCGAUAAAACCCUGGAUAACAGCGAGGCGUCAGCGGAGGAUGAAGGGAUCAGCUUGCACGUAGACACCCUGACGGACCACUCCUGCUCAGCAGAGUCUGACGGGGAGAAGGUCAGCUGCGUGGGGGAGCUGGGCUCUGACCGGGCCGGGGACAAAUGCGACGAGGACAGAGACGACCAGAUCCGCGACCAGCGGGCUCAGCUUUCGCCCAAACCCGUCACGUCGUCGCCUCUGACGGGAGUGGAGGCGCCCGUCCUCGGCCACCAUCAACACCACCACCACCACCACCACCAUCUCCAUCAUCUCCAACAGCUCCACAAUCAACGCGAGGAUUUGGCCCGGAGCCUCGUCACUAGUAACAAUAUUAACACCGCUAAAUCGUCCUCAUGCCUCGACAGCAGGCUUUCUUCGGGGGCCCCUCAGAACCCCACGGUCAAGCCCAAAUUGUGGUCGCUGGCGGAGAUUGCUACCUCGGACCAAAAGCAGCAACAUCAGCAACAGCAACUGGGGCAGUCCGGGCAACCAAAUUGCCCCUCCUCCACCGGUGGACUCCUCACUCCCCCAACGCCUUCCACAACCUCCCCGGCUGCCAGUUCCCCCUCCCUCUACCCGGCCCCCUCCAUCCUCGGAAGACCUAUUUAUUACACUUCUCCCUUUUAUAGCAAUUACACAAACUAUGGCAACUUCAGCCCCCUACAGGGUCAAGGGAUCCUGCGGUAUACUAAUUCAUCCGGAGUGAGUCUGGCUGCAGCCGCCGCCGCCGCUGCUGCUGCGGCUGCAAACGAGGGUCUCAGCUCCUCUCACCAGGCUCUGGAGGCCAGCACAAACCCCAAACACAGGCCAGACUCUCCCCUCGUUAAAAAUAACCCAAACCAGAUUGUUGUUGUCGAGCAGCAGCAGCAACAACAACAUUUCAGACCCGCAAAUUUAGAAGCAAAGAAAGGUACGUAAUAACUCCACGCGCGAAUUCUCAACAAGCAGCAACGACAAAACUACGAUAACUUAUGAAAACUUAUUUAACAUAGCGCUGAAUCUUGGAAUUGAUUUGCUCAAACGCCGGAGAGAGCUCGCUGCGCGGUGGAAUGAAAAUAAUAAUAAUAAAAAAAGAGUUGUUUCCAAUGCAGAUCAGCUGAUUUCCUUUGUGUCACGUUCACGUGUUGUGACACCACGGGGCGAUCUGGCUCUUGUCUGAAGAAUAUUAAGUCUUUAUUCAAACGAUGAGUGGCUUUAUCUGAGACUACUGGCAGAUUAUUGGAAAGAAGUUCGAUUUUAGGACUGAAUAUCAGGAAUAAUAAGGUGGACGUUUUAACGCGUAAAUGGCCGCUUAAUACCAGUGCAGUGAUUUAUUUUUUUUUUUAUUAUUAUUUUUUUUGGAAUAAUCAAUUCACAAUUGUUGUCCUUUUUUAAAAAAACUAUAUGCCUAUUUUUGCUCUUUCUGAAAUUCACGGGAUUCUUAAGGAUUUUCAUUUGCAGCGAGCUUGCCUUACAACCCGGCAAGGAUAUAAUAUGACAAGCCACUUAUAAACAAAUUAAAAUGAGCGUCUAAACGGCAGGCCUCAAAUCAACCUGCCCGAGCUCACGGGCGCGCGCGCGCGCGCACGCACGCAGACACAGUGGCAGCCUGUGAAUCCAAUAAGCGGAGAAAUGUUGCCAUAGCUUUGAGCAGGAAUCCCAUUUUUAAUGUUUCCUCCGUGGUGUGUGUGUGUGUGUGUGUCUGUGUGCGCACAGUGGGGCCCAGACCUUAUCUCUCAGCUUAGGAUAAUUAUAAUUACACAGGGUCAGCCAAAAGCAAACAAAUUAGUCCGUUUGCUCUGUGCAGUCAUCGUGCAACUUCACAUCUUCAAAUGUCACUUAGGUUAGGUGGUUGUGGUGGUUCCUUUCCUCGCGCAAGUUUAAAGCUCUCCCUACACGCCGGUUGAUAGCCUACAGACCUUUUUCCUUUCCUUUUUUUAAGCAGUAGUUAGUGCAGUGGGGAUUUUUAAUAAGCACUUGCAGUAUGGAGCUGUUUUUUGUUUUUGGUUACAAGCUUUCUGGUGUUGUCGGUGGAAUUGAUCAUCUGACUGGAAUGGGAUUUUUAUAUAUAUAUAUAUAUUUAUUUAAAUAUUUUUUUAUUUCCAUGGUCUGCAGGUAGGUGUCACAAUUGCUUUGACUAUAAAACGAACAAGGACGCCACCCUUUAGCCUCACAUUUUAACCCCUUAACCUUUUUUUUUUUUUUUCUAAAUUCCCAACCGGAUCUAGUGCCACCAUAUAGUCGGAAUGAAAGCUGCUAUCGCUUCAUCAGCCCCACCACACACCACACACCACACACACACACACACACACACAAACAGAAGCCGAGACAUCUUCCACAGUUUGUCACAUUGUUAUUGUAUUAUUUUUAUUUAGUUUUGUUUGAUGCAUUGUGUUUAACAAUUUCAUCGGAUUUGAAACGGAUCUCCCAUUAUAUGUGAUUUACACGUUAUUUCUCAGGUUCCUCUAGUUUGCUUAUUUGCCACGGUAUAUUAUUGUUAUUAUUAAUAAUAUAAUUUCGGUAUAUAUUUACGUGUGGAAAAUAAAAAAGAUGAAAUUAAAAAAAAAAAAGUCAGAAUCUGGCCUGGAAAUCUAAAGAAAAAAAAUAGGAGGUGUCCUGGAACAUAAAGUGGACCGAACUGAAGUGAACUUGAGGACUUCAAAGUGGUAUAGCCUACAUUUGAUAUUUAUUUUUUUAAAUGAUGGCGAAACGAUGCCUAUAAUUUAUGCAAGUUGUAUUGCAGAAGAAUGGGAAACUGACAUCGUCUGUUUGUUUUUUGUAAAUAUAUAUACAUAUAAAUAUAUAUAUUAUGGACGGUUUUUAUUUCAAAUGCAUUUGGGAAAAAGAAAAAGCUACACAAUCUUGUUAUCAGGAGUACUUUUACUAAUUUAUAUCUUUGAAUGUAAAUAAAAUAAAACGCGCCGGUGAUGACUUACUGGCACGGGGUACUAUAUCCAUUAUUCAAAUGAGAAAAUAUUAAACUGUUUUCCCAACUAUUACAUAAA